AUGGAGUCUUUCAGAGAGUUCGUCGCCAAUCAGGUCUUGGUCAAAUCUGGCGAUGACUCUGCAGAUGCAACUGAUGAUGCUUCCGCCGAUGGUACAGACGGGCAGGGCGGCGGACCCAAAACGCCUGCACAAGACGUUGAUGUUGACAACAACACCCCUCGAGUCCUCGAAGUCAACAAGUCCGAUUCGGACGAGACAGAGAAGGAAGUUCCUCAGAAAUAUCCUCAGCUGUCCAACAAUCCUCCGGAGUCGCCGCCUCUGGCGCCAGGGCAGCGAGAGGUUGAGGAUGAUGAGGACGAGUAUGAUCUGUCCAAGUCUUUCCACCGCACGGCGAGUCCUUCUCCGACGGCACUGCAACGCAAUAGGGGUGCACUUGUCAGCAAAGUGGGAGAGGAAGGCGUCAGCAAAAUGCACAAGUUUACCCUCCACGAAACCGCCAACUAUUACUAUAUCGUUGGUUCAGACCUUUUGGACUCGGCAUUUCGGAUACUGAAGAUCGAUCGGACGUCAGAACCGGGUGAGCUUAACAUUACGGAAGAUGACAUUGUCUACACCAAAAAGGAAACGCAGCAGAUUCUCAAUGCUAUUGACGAGGGCAAUCGAGCAACCGGCGGGCUGAAGAUCAAGACUAGCUUCUGGGGGCUCCUGGGAUUCAUCCGCUUUACAGCCCAGUAUUACAUGCUGUACGUGACCAAAAGGAGUCAAGUGGCUAUGAUUGGGGGUCAUUACAUCUAUCAAAUCGACAAGACGGAACUGAUGCCUCUGGUAACGGCAGCAUCCACCCGAACGAAAUCGGACCGACACCUCGAAGAAACGCGGUUUAUCGGUAUCCUGAACAAUCUCGAUCUUACCAGGUCCUUCUAUUUUAGCUAUUCGUACGAUGUUACCCGAACACUGCAGCACAAUAUCAUGCGCGAACGGCAAGCACUCCAGGAGGGACUGACAGAGCCUCACAAGCCAGACCAUAACGAUAUGUUUGUCUGGAACCAUCACCUCUUGCAACCCGCCAAAGAAGUUCUCAAGAACCCGUACGACUGGUGUCUGUCGGUCGUUCAUGGGUACGUCGAUCAAAGCUCACUGUCGGUAUACUGGGGCAGGGUAGUCUAUGUGACAAUCAUUGCCCGUCGAUCGAGAUUCUUUGCCGGCGCCAGAUUCCUAAAACGUGGUGCCAAUGACCUUGGAUACGUGGCAAACGACGUGGAAACCGAGCAAAUCGUAUCAGAAAUGCUGACCACUUCAUUUCACGCCCCAGGCCCCGUGCUGUUCGCAAACAACAAAUACACUUCCUAUGUGCAACAUCGUGGCAGUAUUCCAUUGCACUGGACUCAGGACAGCACAGGUGUCUCGCCAAAACCUGACAUCCAUCUUAACGUGGUGGACCCGUUCUUCAGCGCUGCUGCUCUUCACUUCGACAACCUUUUCAAGCGGUACGGAACACCCAUAUACGUGCUCAACCUGAUAAAGGCCCGCGAACGCACUCCAAGGGAGUCCAAGCUUCUGAAAGAGUACACUCUUGCGGUGAAUUACCUCAACCAAUUCUUGCCGAAGGACAAGCAGAUUGUGUAUCAUGCAUGGGACAUGAGUCGAGCAUCGAAAAGUAGAGAUCAAGAUGUCAUUGGCAGUCUGGAGGCAAUAGCUGAAGAUAUCCUUCCCAGAACAGGCUUCUUUCAGAACGGCCGUGAUGAGGACUCGGGCCUGCGUCUCCAAACCGGUGUCGCAAGAACCAACUGCAUCGACUGUCUCGAUCGAACCAAUGCUGCUCAAUUUGUGAUUGCGAAGAAGGCUCUCGGAUACCAACUUCAGGCGUUAGGGGUGAUCGAGCAUCCGUCGGUCGAGUACGACUCCGAUGCUGUAAACCUGUUCACCCACAUGUGGCACGACCACGGCGAUACUAUAGCUGUACAGUAUGGUGGCUCACACCUGGUGAACACCAUGGCCACGUACCGAAAAAUCAACCAGUGGACGAGCCAUUCGCGCGACAUGGUCGAGAGUUUCAAGCGGUAUUACAACAACUCGUUCAUGGACGCGCAGAGGCAGGAAGCGUACAACCUGUUCCUUGGAAACUAUGUCUUCGCCCAGGGCCAGCCCAUGCUUUGGGAUCUCACCACGGACUAUUACUUGCACCACUCCGAUCCGCGAUCCAUGUUUGGCAAGCGGCGACCGAGUUACCGCCACUGGUACACGGACGAAUACCUCGAAACGCCGCAGAUGCCGCCAUCGCUCUGGCCGCAUGAGCUGCGCGACCGACCGUUGACAUUUUUUGACGAUUAUUGGGUCGAAUACUACCGGCCUCUAUCCAUAUCGUCAUUCCGGAAGCUCUUCUCCUUCAAAAUGCGCUCGAAUCUACAAUAUAUCCCGAUCAGCUCAACUUCGGCCGGAAAGUACGACCUCAGCCCGUUUAGGGUGCGGACGGCGAACGACAGCGACGGAGAAGGGCAUGAAAAGGGGCAGGGGACUCGGAAGGGCGUCAAGAUAGUUGCGCCGUCGGACGAUACCGCGUCCACGAUCGGAGGAGAAACGAUGGUGUCGUCCGCCGACGGACGUUUGAAUUCGGCCACCCCAUCAGCAAUUGAGCCGACUCCGAAGCCCAGCACCCUGGGGCCUUGGCUCGACGCGCAGCAGCAGCUUCACAACGCCCUGAGAGGCCGCCGAUACACGGGCAUCAUCAAGGAACCCUCGUUCGAGGUCCAGUCAACCUCAGUGCCUAAGAUCCCAAGACUGCCAACCACCACGAGUAGUGACCUGACCAACAGCUCCCUUCUCCUUGGCCCACCCACAAAAGCCGAGCUUGCCCUCCACGCCUUCACAUCCCUCAUCGAAAACUCUCUCAACCCUCAGGUGCGCCAGUUGAAAGAGUACCAGCGCUACGUGGCACACCCGUCGACGAUCCCGUUGGUGGUGUCCAGCGACAUCGACUACUCCUCGGCGCCGCUCGAAUUCCUCGAGUAUCUGUCAAAGACCUCGUCCGACCCGGCCGAUCACAAAGUGCUCCGGCACUUUGACGACGAGCGCGGUGCGGUGACGCUGACGAUGGAGGAGAGGGCCGAGGCCAGCAUCGAUGAUUACCUGGAGUAUGUGGCAAGUGGGCAGGUCGAGGACCCGCUGACCGUGCUGGAGGAGGACGGUGGGAAGAAGCGAUACAAGGCCUACAGGAAGUGGCUGAGGGGGAAGAGCCUGUUCAAACAGCGGCCCGUGGUCGGCGAUGAGAUGGAAGGCAACGCUGAUGGGCCCGUCGUCGGCUAG